UGAUAUUGAGAUUGAGUGGGGCGUGUGAGUGUCCGUUUUAUAAUUAGCAGAAUGCGCAAUUGUUUGCCAAAAUUUACAAAUGUGUUCCGCUCGAAAUCGUCCUCUACCACCUCAUCGUCGCGCCGACGACGACGCACAAGUGAUUUGGACACCGACUCGGAGUCCGAUAUGGAACAGUAUGUGGCGGCCAAAGCCGUUAACGCGGUGGGUUUAGCUAACGUUAAACCUACAGCAAGUCGAUGCGAUCAGCGACGCGAUAAUGAUGACGAUGGGACCAGCAGCAGUCGUAACCGGCUGAUAAGAGAAACAAAAACAACAACAACAACAAAUACAACAGCAACAGCUAGGAAUUUAGAUCAAGACAAAGACUUUAAAUCAAAAGGCUGGGGAGCGGACGGAGCAACCAGAAAUGGCCUUAUCCUGAGCGAAAAUGGCUCCUCAACGGAAAUGAAAGUCGCCGACGACUCCGCCUCUGUCGCCCUCAACACUACACGGACAUUCGCUUUACGAAACUCUUGCAAAACACCCGAGGAAAUUGAACUGGAGUAUGAGGCGAAUGUGAAGGCCGAGGCCGGUGAUAUAAUGACACCUCUGCCUCGAAGCCUAACCUUCAGUAUGGGACGACAAAUGCAAACGGAACUAGUCGAGGUCAUUCGCAAUUUGGACACCCAAACACAGCGUCAGAACAAUCUCUCCAUGCCGGAGAUGGAGCGGAAUGCUAAUGACGUGAUUCUAGUGCAUGGUGACGAGGGGGAGGAUUGUGUGGUGUUGCGACGGAAGGUUUCGUCCAUAUCCUUGGAGCGCAAGGCUCACAGUUUAUACGAACGACGGAUGCCCAAAACCCCCAAGUUGCAUCUAGUCGUCGCCGGCAAGAAGAAAGAGCCGACCGAUGAUAGUGAUGAGUAUAAACUUUUUCAGAGAAAUCUCAUGGACUUGAAAUAUCCAACCGUGCUACCACCGAAUCCUCAACUUAAGGCUCUUUUAGUUUUUCACAAAGCAGAUAGCAUUUGCGAAGUGGUCACCUCGGCCUGCCAGCGGCAUCAAUUGGAUGUUACUCUGGUCAAGUCCAAAGAGGAGGCUCUGGAUACUCUCCAAAAGUCAUAUGCCACGGCCCAGUGUUAUCAUCUAAUUAUAAUUGAUGCGCGCUCCACCAAAAAUCUUGAUGCCGAGCACAUUGCAAGAACUAUACGUCACACCCACGGACAUCAUUUAACGACAAUAAUUGCCGUCUGCAAAAAGAGUUUCUUUGAAAAGGAUGAUGUGCUAAUUGCUCUAUUAGACGCUGGCGUUAAUAGAUGCGUAGCCGAGACAACAAACCUAGCCAUGUGCAGUGUUGAACUGAAGCAGAUACUGCACUCAAUCAUAAGGCCCCACAAUGUCAUGUCCACUCAACAGGCGCUCUACACGGCCCUGCAUCGGCUGAAGGAGGUGGUUCUCAUCACGGACGACGUGCUACGCAUACAGUACGCAAAUCGCGCCACCGAACGUCUGCUCAACAUGAGACUGGAUGAAAUAAUUAGCAAACCAUUAGCCGACAUUUUCGUCUCGGACUUGUCCACCAUCAGUGAGCAGGGUAAAAGCAUUAAAGAGUUUGAUGGAAUCCUCACAGUGCGACGAAAGAACCAAGAGGGCAUCCCAAUGCACGUCCGUGUUGUGCCGGUGGCCUGCAUCGGCAGUGCGCCCACCCAUUUGAUUUUCAACUUUGACAUACCCGGCGGCCAAAUGGAUUUCAUAGCCACUCUACCCCAGCCAAAGGAGGCCCCGCGUGGUUCUUUGCAUUCGGUGAGGCGUUGCAGUUUCGAUGUACGUUCAAUUGCCUCAGACGGAUUGCGUCGGACAAGUCUGGCUAAGCUUACAUCCCUGCCGUUGGAGGCGCCGAUCACUAAAAUAAUCAAUUUACUAUCACAAGUACAGGAGAAUUGUUCAGCCGAUGAGGCGCGUCUUAUUGACAAGGUCCUGGAGUUCCUGAAGCGAGAAGGGCUCUACAGUCCGCAAAUGAAAGAGAUCCGCACCGACGAUCCCAUUGCAACCGACUUAAUUGGUGCACUUUUGACGGGUCCCAGCGUCUACUCGUCCCGCCGUAGCUCGAAUGACUCCAUCAUACGCACAGGCACUUCGACACGAACUGCCUCUAUAGUGCCAGCUAAAAUGAAGGCCAAUCCUAUCAUCAUGGAACUACUUGAAGAAUCUCUCAGCUGGGACUUUGACAUUUUCAAACUGGAAGAGAUCACCGACUACCAUCCCCUGUUAUAUUUAGGCAUGGAAAUGUUCCGGCGCUUUGAUGUCUUUGCCACAUUGAAUAUCGACGAGAAUGUGUGCAAGGCCUGGCUGGCCGUUAUCGAGGCACAUUAUCAUAAGAGCAACACAUAUCACAAUAGCACCCAUGCGGCCGAUGUAAUGCAGGCCACCGGUGCUUUUAUUACGCAGCUGUCCAAUCGGGAUAUGAUGGUCAUGGAUCGCAUGGAGGAGGCUACGGCUCUGAUUGCGGCAGCAGCCCACGAUGUCGACCAUCCGGGACGAUCUUCCGCCUUUCUGUGCAACUCGAACAAUCCGCUAGCCAUACUGUACAAUGAUUUGACAGUCCUGGAGUCCCAUCAUGCGGCUAUUACCUUCAAACUAACAUUGGGGGACGACAAGAUAAAUAUUUUUAAGAAUCUUGAUAAGGAGACUUAUAAAUCGGCUCGCAGUACCAUCAUAGACAUGAUAUUGGCCACCGAAAUGACACGACACUUCGAGCACCUGGCCAAAUUCGUUAGUGUCUUUGGCGGCGAAGAGCCGCGUGAGAUGUCGCAAAGUGAGGAGGAGACCUCCAUACUGAUGCGGCGCAUGCUCAUCAAAGUGGCCGAUGUCAGCAAUCCGGCCCGGCCUAUGCAGUAUUGCAUCGAGUGGGCGCGGCGCAUAGCCGAGGAAUACUUUAUGCAGACAGACGAGGAGAAGCAACGACAUCUGCCCAUUGUGAUGCCCAUGUUCGAUCGUGCCACAUGCAGCAUACCAAAGAGCCAGAUUGGUUUCAUCGAAUACAUCAUACAGGACAUGAUGCAUGCCUGGGAGAGCUUCAUUGACAUGCCCCAGCUCAUAACCUACAUGCAGAUCAACUACUCACAAUGGAAAAAAUAUGACGAGCAAGGCGUCAACACGUUGGCCGACAUAAUGGCCAAGCAGCCGCCCGUGGGUAACAAACUGACCAACUCCAAAUAGCAUACGGCCUUCCGGAGAUUAUUCUCGGGUCUACUGAAGCCUUUGCCGGCCCAGGCGCCGGCCACAUCCACAAUUGGCGAGACGACGGAAAUGGAGGAUGUGCUAUAGUGUCAAAUUGGCGGCUGGCGUCGCAGUCUCUCGGUCUAGCCACAACCUAUAACCAACUAACGACCCACCCACCCACACACAAACAUAUCUCGGACUAACCCAGCUAAUGCCAGCUCCUGCUGCCCCCUAGGCAAAUGGAAAGCGGGAGGGAAAGGCUAAAUGCAAAAACGGUGCCCUUUGGUGUCACAAACCUUUGAAGAGCAAAACAAAAAAAUUAUAAUAACUAAAAACUGAAAAUGAAAUAUGUAAGCUAAAUGUUAUUGGGCUGGACUCAAAAUUUAGUGUUUAAAACGAAAAGCAUCACAAAAGAAAAAGAACAACAACAGAACUAAUGUAUGUAUGUA